AUGCAAAGUGCUUCAUUCAUACAGUCAUUUGCUCAUAAGCAUUCAAUAAUUACAUUGUACAGAUCACUUAUACGACAUACGAAUAGAUUGUCUACCCUUGAAAUAACACAAUCCGAUGAGGAAUGUUCCAAAGAUGUUCAAACAGAAUUGUUCAAAGCUAACAUAGAUAGGAAGUUGUACGUAAGACUUUUAAAAUCAGAGUUAUUUUAUAUCAUACAAGACGAAUUUAGAGUCAAUCAUAAAGAAAAGAUAAAUAAUCCUAACAAAUUGAGGGAAAGAAUAGUUGCAGGAUUAGAGCUUCAAAACGACUUAGAAAAUAUAAAGGAUGGUGAAGUUUCCGGAGUUAAAUUAAUAGAGAAAUUGGUGGAAUAUCGACAACAGAAGCAACGUGAGCAGAAUUGGAAAGCUGAAUAUUUGAAAGAUCCUGGAGAAAUAGAUAAGAGUAGGAACAAGGACAAGCCCACGCUCUUGUUGAAGCAAAUUGAAUCAAGAUCGAAGAAACCUCAAUUGCCUUUACGUAGAUUUAAGGGCCUUACACAGAAAGACAAAGAGAAUCGAAUUAAAAUGGAAUUGAUACGCUGCGAGGAAAAUACUCAAAAAUUGCUUCGUCGUUAUUUAAAAAAGUUGCAGACUAAUCAUGAAAUACCUAUUCCUCAUUUGCUACCAUAUACACCUGAAAGUGCAUUAUUACCCAUAGAAGAGUCUGUUUCUACGUCGAUAUCAAUUCCUGGGUCCACUCGUAAGUCUUCUAUCGCAUAUGCAUAUGAUCAGGAAUAUAUCGAUGCAAUAAUAAAACCUGAAAUGGAAUUCGAUAUUAAUAAAUGCCAUUACCUUGAAAAUUUACAAUCAAUAGUGAAUGAAAAAGGUCCUUUCAAAGUUCAAAUACAAAUAACCGAAGCAGGCCCUAUCCCAGUUCCAUAUAUCAGAAUGCCAUACCCAAGACUCAAUCAUCUAAAAGAAGUAGCAUUAGAUAUAAAGAAAAUGAUGCGGUUAGUGAGACUCAAAACAGUCUGGAACGCUUCAGGAAAUGAUGCCAAUAUCACUGAACCUCAAUUUUCAGAUGGUAGUUAUAGUGUACGGGGUAGUAAGGGGUUUGGAGAGAAUGAGAGAUUACAUCCAAAAAUAUACUACGACCUGUUGGCACAAGGAGAAGGUUUAUGGGAAUACUUAAUAGAUGCAUCUUUAAAAAUGAUGAUACAAAAGACGUAG